CAACAGUGAAUAAAGUAAAAACCAUAAGGUAAGAUAUCCCUUAUACCAUUCAUAAAAAGGCUUAAAUGUCUCUUCACUUUUCCUACCCACUUCUAAAUUCUAACAAAAACCAACCUCCCUUUACUUUCCAUUAUACACUCUCAACUUCCUCAUUUGCAUUUUCUAGAGAAAAACAAAACAAUGAAACACCUAAACUUGCUUCUCACAAUUUUACUAGUAAUCCAACAAUGUCAUUUAUUCUUCAAAGUUGAAGCAAAUGGAAGAAGAGUAGGCAAUGAUUUCAUAAGAGUAAGAGGAACUCGAUUUCUGUUAAAUGGAUCUCCUUACUAUGCAAAUGGAUUCAAUGCUUACUGGCUCAUGUACAUGGCUUCUAAUCCUUCUCAACGCCAUUUUGUCUCCAAUGUCUUCCAUGAGGCUUCCUCUCACUCGCUUUCAGUCGCUAGAACUUGGGCUUUUAACGAUGGUGGCGAUCGUGCCCUCCAACUCUCCCCUGGCUCCUACGAUGAGCAUGUGUUCCAGGGGCUGGAUUUUGUGAUAGCUGAGGCCAGAAAAUAUGGAAUAAAGCUUAUAUUAAGCUUUGCAAAUAACUACGAAAGCAUGGGAGGGAAGAAGCAAUAUGUAAACUGGGCUAAGAAUCAAGGCCAAUAUCUUACUUCUGAUGAUGAUUUCUUUACUAACCCUGUUGUUAAGGGAUUUUACAAGAACCAUAUCAAGACUGUUCUGAACAGGCAUAACACUGUAAAUGGAGUUGUAUACAAGAAUGACCCAACAAUUAUGGCUUGGGAGCUUAUGAAUGAACCUAGGUGUACAUCAGAUCCUUCUGGAAAAACCAUUCAGGCAUGGAUCACCGAGAUGGCUGCUCAUGUUAAGUCAAUAGACAAAAACCACUUGCUUGAAGCUGGUUUAGAAGGAUUCUACGGAUCAUCUCAUCCCGAGAAGCUGCAUAAUAAUCCAAACUUGAACAUUGGUACAGAUUUCAUUGCCAACAACCAAAUCCCCGGGAUUGAUUUUGCAACAGUUCAUGCAUAUCCCGAUCAAUGGUUGUCCAACAUAAAUGCUCAAUCAGAGCUCGCAUUUGUAAACAACUGGCUAACAUCUCACAUUGAAGAUUCUCAAAACAUUCUCCACAAGCCAUUACUAUUAGCAGAGUUUGGAAAAUCAGAGAAAGAUCCUGGAUUCAAUACUUAUCAGAGGGAUCAACUAUUCGCUAGUGUCUACAGCAAGAUAUACUCAUCAGCUAAGAGAGGAGGUGCAGCCGCUGGUGGGUUGUUCUGGCAGCUUUUAACAGAAGGAAUUGAAUCAUAUGGAGAUGGUUAUGCCAUUGUUCUAAGCAAGAAUCCUUCGACUGCUAGCACAAUUGCGCAACAAUCGCGCAAACUCUUCCUUAUCAGCAAGAUUUUUGCGAGAAUGAGGAACGUUGAGCUUUGGAAAAGGGCAAGGGAAAUAAGAAACAGAGAAAACUCUGGUGGCCUAUGAAAUGGGAUGUUUCAUCUAAGCAAGGUGAUUGAAGAAAGAUAAUUUCUUUCAAAGUUUUCCUCUCUUAGAGAUGAAUUUGGUUCGUCCAAGGAGGUGAUGAAGUAUCUAUAUACAAGUAAUCCUAUAGAACUAUGUGUGUGUUUUGAAUGUUUGUCUUGUAAAAUUAAACAACCUAUGUAUGGUUGGUACUGGGAUAUUAAAACGAUUGCUAAUUGACUGAUGUUACAUUUAAAACAUGAAUGAAUCAAAAUAUGUUAUAAAGA